AAGACUGAUUGUCACUUUCCCUUCUGUCGAUUUAUCUUUUCUUUCACUCUCCUGCUUGCCAAACAGAUGCCAAGAUCCCACAUUGUAUCAGGUCUCCUUCACUGGUUGUUAUUGACUUUGUGUGAUUCCGAUUUAUAAUGGAUGCGAAAACUGUCUUAUCCUUUCUGAAAUCUUUUUGAGGCCAAAAUUAAAGAAAUUCACUGUAAAUUAAUAUCCAUCCACCGUCAAUCCCAAAAAAAAAAAAAAAACCAAUGCCUAAAUGGAAGUAGAAGUGAAGCUCCGUCUCCCCGACUCCGAUUCCCACCAGAGACUCUCAGAUCUUCUCUCUCCCUUCCACAGAAAAACUCUAAUCCAAGAUAACUUUUUCUUUGACGACGCCGACUCCAAUCUCUCCUCGAACCUCGCCGUCCUCCGUCUCCGCUUCUACGACCUCGAUGCCCGCUGCGUCCUCUCCCUCAAAGCCAAGCCCGUGAUCUCUCGCGGGAUCAGCCGCGUCGAAGAGCUCGAGGAACCCGUUUGUCCCCAGAAUGCGCGCGCCUGUCUAGCGGACCCGCGUCUUCUAUGGGUCUCAUUCGGCGAAACCAAGAUCAUGAAGCGGGUGAGUGAGGAGUUCGGGGUGCGUGCCGGGACAGGAUUCCAAUAUUUAGGAAGGUUCGGAAAUGUGCGGGGAGUGUACCGGUGGAGAGAGCUGACUCUGGAGCUUGACGAGACUAUAUAUGAAUUCGGGACGAGUUAUGAGAUUGAGUGUGAAACUAGGGAUCCGGAAAGAGAUGGAGCACUGAUUGAAGAUUUUUUGAGGGAGAAUGGUAUUGAUUUUCAAUAUUCUGACAUGAACAAAUUUGCAGUGCUUCGAGCUGGGAAGCUGCCUAAAUGAGAUUGCGACUGCUGCUCAUUGCAAAAAUGGGUAAUGUUCUCUUUGUUCAGUAACAUCUAUUUGUAGUUGGGAAUUGUUAGAAUCUGAUUCAUUUGGUGCUGCUACAUAUGAAGUUUCCAUUAACAUGGAAAAACACCAGUGUUUUUUUUCCUCCAACCUCUGCUGUUCUAAUCUGGAAGAUGGAGUUGUUCGGAUUUUUGAAAGCUGUAGAUAAACAGCAUGAAUUAUUUUGUGAUUAUGAUUAUGUAAAUGGGAAAGGUCUUGUAUCCAGAUAAGGAGUCAUGAUGAUGCUUUUCUGGAAGCUUUUGGUUUCUCUAAAAACUUCAAACUAAUUCUAGUGUUAUAACAGCUCUUAUCAAAAUGGGCAUUGAAUGACAAA